GUGGAUAGGACACACAUUGAGGAAUGCACCAAACUGCAUCACGAGACAAGCCCUUACAUGGAAUCGAGAGAGUUGCUUACCAUAAAUACUCAUCCUGGCUUGUUUCAGUACAAUCGCCUACCAUUUGGUGUUAAAAGAGCUCCAUCUAUUUUUCAGCAACUAAUGGAUAUCAUUCUAUCGGGUAUCCCGGGUGUCGCAACUUAUCUCGAUGAUAUCUUAAUUGUUGCUACAUCGUUAGAACAGUUUCGAGAACGCACGACAGCUGUACUACAACGCGUCAGCGAUAACGAAUUCCGAUUACGCCUGGAAAAAUGCCAGCUUUUCUUGAAGUCAGUUAAAUACUUGGGAUUCAUCUUUGAUGCUACAGGUCGCAGACCAGAUCCUGAAAACAUCCGAGCUAUAAAAUUGAUGUCGAAUUUCACUAAUAUCCCUGAGUUAAGAUCAUUCCUGGGAUUAAUUAGCUACUACUCAGCAUAACAUACGCGCCCCGCUAAAUCAUCUUCUGAAUAAGAACACCAGCUGGAACUGGACAAAAGAAUGUGAAGCUGCAUUUUGCAAGCUGAAAACUAUCAUAGGCUCUCAACUAUCACUGACACACUACGAUCCAUCCAUGUUCAUCAUUGUCGCUGCAGAUGCUUCAGCUUUUGGACUCGGUGCUGUCAUUUCACAUCAGUUUCCCGACGCAACAGAGAAAGCUAUUAUGCAUGCUUCUCGCACAUUAACUUCAGCGGAGAGAAAAUACAGUCAGAUAGAGAAAGAGGCUCUCGCCCUUGUGUUUGCAGUACGCCGUUUCCACAAAUUCUUGUAUGGUCGAAGAUUUACUCUUCUCACUGAUCACAAGCCUCUUCUCACAAUUUUUGGUUCGAAAUCUGGCGUACCAGUUCAUUCUGCAAACCGUCUCCAGCGAUGGGCUUUGAUACUUCUGGGUUAUGAUUUUGACAUUCAGUACCGGCGCACCCAACAGUUUGGUCAGGCUGACGCCUUGUCACGACGUAUCAGCAAACACCAUACGAUCGACGAAGAUGCAGUUAUUGCCUCCCUAAUUACAGAGGACCACGCGCAAUGUUACCUGACAAUCACUAUUCGUGCUUUGCCAGUCACAGUAGCUGAAAUACAAUCUGCAUCCAAGAACGACUCCAUCAUAAAGAGAGCGAUGAAGUACGUCACCAAUGGCUGGCCGCCAACUGGACUCGAUGGUGACUUGAAGCAGCUUUACCACUGUCGGGACUCAUUAUGUGUCGUAAACGACUGCUUGAUGUUCGGAGAAAGAGUGGUUGUGCCAGAAUCCCUUCGUGCAAAAGUGCUGAAACAGCUCCACCUUGGUCAUCCGGGGGUUAGACGAAUAAAAUCCAUAGCCAGGAGUCAUGCAUAUUGGUCGCUAAUAGAUCAACAUAUAACAGAUUUGGUUGAAAAAUGUAUGCGGUGUCAGCAAGCGGCAAAAGUGAACGCCAAAGUUCCACCAGCUUCAUGGCCACAACCUGAUCAUCCUUGGUCCAGGAUACAGGUCGACUUUGAAGGCUCGAUUAACGGAACCAUGUAUCUAGUUGUAGUCGACGCCCUUUCGAAAUGGCCAGAAAUCAACCCUAUAAUACCGCCAACGACAACUAAAACAAUACAAAUCCUGACAGAAAUUUUCUCCCGAAAUGGUAUACCGGAUGUCAUUGUAUCUGACAACGGUUCACAGUUCACCUCCAGCCAGUUCCAGUCAUUUUGUCAACGGUUAGCCAUAAAGCACUUACGGUCGCCACCAUACCACCCGCAGUCGAAUGGGCAAGCAGAAAGGUUUGUGGAUACAUUUAAAAGAGCUUUGACUAAGACCUAAGGGGGGGAUGCCAGCCGACGCGUUGCGAAAUUUCUUAUACGUGUACAGAACAACACCAAGUGAGACGUUGCCAAAGCGAAAGUUCCCAGCAGAGAUCCUAAUGGGAAGGAAAUUGAGGACGAUCCACAGUCUUAUGUGCGCAAGAACCACACUACCACCUCAGAACAGAUCUCAGAAGCUGCUAGCAUACGAGAUUGGAUACCCGGUGUUUGCUCGAGACUACA